AAUUCCACAAGACCUCUGCUGUCUCUUUCAUGUCUUCAGCCAUCCCAACACGGCGUGUGACGCGGGCUGCCGGUCGCACCACCGUCCUUAAAGACAAGGAGAAUGCAACAGCACGUCCUGGACGUACAGCAGCCUCCCGCGCGAAACCCCCAUCCACACAAGCCGCCGCAGAGAAACCAGAGAAUGUAAAGCCGCCAGGGCUCAUCCGCGCUACCGCCUCCACCGCAGCCACCAGGGCAAAGUCCAUUGGUGUCGCUGCUUCCAAGGCCGACCCUGUUCCCCAGGUCAAGCGCAAGCGCGAGGCCCUCGGCGAGGUUCCGAAGCCCCCGGAGAACAAGGCCAAGGCCAGCGUCGGGACGUCAGAUCUCAAGGGCAAGGAACGAGUCAAGGAGAUCAAGGAGAAGUUUGAGGGAGUCAUUCUCCAGAAGACGACCACGACAACCACUGCCCGUAAGCCCCUUCGCACUGUUGUCGGUACGACAACUACAACCACUGUCACAACGACAGCGACGCGUCGUACUCGGACGGCCGCACAUGGGUCUCAAGCGCAAGGUCUGAAACCACUGCGCGAGGAUGACGAGGACGCUAUGGCUGUGGACCAUCCGCCCCCUCCGCCCAUUCCCUCACCAAAACGGUUCGUUGCUGCUCGCGAAGCUGUUCGUUCUGGCGUUCCCGCAGCGUCGAAAGUGCCCCGGCGCAUCGCUCGGACAUCAAAACCGGACGAUGACGAAGAGGAGGUGAAUCGGGUACACAAGAAGCGUCGCACGUCAUCGGACAUGCCUGAUGUGGAGGCACUGCACGAAGAGGAGGUUGAGAACGCUGUUGCACCACAAGAGGAGGACCCGGAAGGCGACCACUGGGAUGACUUGGACGCGGAGGAUGCAGACGACCCGCUCAUGGUCAGCGAGUACGUUGUCGAGAUCUUUGAGUAUCUGAAGGACGUUGAGCAAACCACCAUGCCUAACCCCAACUACAUGGCAAACCAGAAGGAUCUUGCGUGGAAGAUGCGUGGCAUCCUCACCGACUGGCUUAUUCAGGUUCACUCGCGUUUCCGCCUCUUACCUGAGACUCUCUUCUUGUGUGUCAACAUCAUUGACCGCUUCCUUUCUGCCCGCGUCGUGUCCCUUGCAAAGUUGCAACUUGUCGGGAUCACGUGCAUGUUCAUCGCGGCCAAACUCGAGGAGAUCGUCGCCCCUUCCGCGAGCAACUUCCUCUACUGCGCAGACUCUUCGUACACCGAGGCUGAGAUCCUCCAGGCCGAGCGUUACGUGCUCAAGACCAUCGACUGGAACCUGAGCUAUCCUAACCCAAUCCACUUCCUUCGGCGCAUCAGCAAGGCUGACGACUAUAAUGUCCAAGUACGCACGAUUGGCAAGUAUCUGCUUGAGAUCCAAUGUCUGGAGUGGCGUCUUAUCGCUGCGCCGCCUUCCCUGCUCGCUGCCGCGUCCAUUUGGUUGGCGCGCCUGAUCAUUGGGACCCCCGAUUGGACAGCCAACCUCGCGCAUUACUCGUCGUAUCGCGAGCGUGACAUCAUUCCCACCGCGAACCUAAUGAUCAACUACAUCCUCAAGCCCAUCAGACAUCAGUCCUUCUUCAAGAAGUACGCUUCGAAGAAGUACCUGAAGGCAAGCAUCUUCGUUCGGGACUGGGCAUUUGCACGAUGGGAGGAAGGUUCGCAGGUGUCGCUGCAGGCUGAGCUGCCUGCGCUCAAGGAGAUCAUCAACGAGCAACGCGCCCAGGAAGAAGAGCAAAUGCUACUUGCGCAGGCAGCACAAGAGCAAGGCGAUAGCGACGGAGAAGUGUUCCAAGCAUGAACGUCUUUGAUUCCUCCUUCGGCGAUUAUGGACGGACGGUCACGCGUGGACAGCGCGUUUGGAUAAGGAUACCCCGGCGAACAUCCCUACCAUCGUCUCGCUCUUCGUCGUCGUUCUUUGCUCUUCGUUCCCCGCGCGCACGGUCACGCGUUGUGUUGUCUAGCAUGAACUUGUGCCGACGCUCUCCUCGGACGCUACGCUUCGCUCUCAGUUCAAAACUGCAUGUCUGCAUACCCGCAUGAUGUUUAUUGUUGUCCUAAUCGCCGUCGGUCCCCUGCACGCUGUACAUUCUCCUCACCUCCCGUUUCCCAAUGCCUUCUGGCUUGUCCCCUGCAGACCUGGUGGCUCGCCCGUUGCCCGCCUGUUGCCCCCCUCGACCCACCGUUGCAUUCUCUAGUAUACGUUCACCACGCGACCCAUGUCCCUGUUCACACCCAUGUCCGCCUCACUUGUAUCUAUCUAUUCCCCACACCUCAAUCCCACCCUCACCAU